CUACCAUCAACUUCAGCUUUGCUCUUUCCUAUUAACCAAUUAAAAAUAUGCCACGUGAAGAUUGAAACAGAUGAUCAAUCCUUACAAUGUUAUCAACUGACUAUUUUCUGAGAGAUUCGACUAAAAAUCUCUUUUUUUUUUGUUUCUCUUCUCGGCGAAAAAAAAAAAAGAAAAAUGGAACUGAAAAAGGAAAAUAAAGCUAACAACAAAAUUACUGUGAAAGAAAAAGGAAAGCGUGAAGAUCGGGUCUAAUCUGGAGUUCUUUUGAAAUUUAACCAAUGCUUUUAAUAUGUAAAGUCUGGCUCAUAUAAAACUCCCAAGAAAAAAAGAGCUUCGACGAUUUAUUUCAUCCAUCUUUUAAGUUAAAAAGGUUGAAGUGUUGGAGUGGAGUGAGUUGUGAUUUUAAAAUCUGUUACUUUUCUUUCAUUUUCUAGGGUUUUUAUUUGUUUGAAAAGUUGGAAAAUUGAAAUGCUGGAGGAGGAGCUGGUAGAACUUAAGUUCCGAUUGUAUGAUGGAUCGGAUAUCGGUCCAUUUCGAUACUCACCUGCUUCAACCGUUGCAAUGCUCAAGGAAAGGAUUGUUGCUGAAUGGCCUAAAGAUAAAAAAAUUGCACCGAAGGGAGCCAAUGACAUCAAACUGAUAAAUGCUGGGAAAAUUUUGGAGAACAGCAAGACUGUUGGCCAGUGUAGAGUACCUUUUGGUGAUCUUCCAAAAGCAGUCAUCACCAUGCAUGUUGUUGUACAGCCGUUUAUAACAAAAGUGAAAACAGCAGAAAAAAAGGUGGAUGAGGCCUCCAGGAAAAACGUCUGUUCGUGUUCCAUAUUGUGAAAAGGUUUGGUCUCGAUUCAGAUUCAAGCUGGUGAGAUAGCGUCACGGGUUCCUAAGAUCUGCUGGGCUAUGACCAUGGUCGUGGAAGCAGAAAUUAAUUAGUAAAACAGUGCCAUCCCUCAUUUUUACAUGGUUUGUUUUGAGGUCAUUCUUGAGUAACAGUGAUGUUGGUGAUGAUGUAUUUACGUCUUUAUAAAAUGGGUGUUUCUUGUAUUAGAUAACAGCUUUUUUUUCUUUUCUCUUCAUUAUUUCUCUAACACAAGCUUAUGGAUUCAUUGACAUAUACACGAUACUCUUCGAACCAUGAUCUUGAAUACCAUCUUAUUUUUUAAGGCUGAUGCCAUGUU